AUGGCGGCGCUGAGCGGCGGGAAGGGAUGGCUGCGAGCUGCCGGAUCUCCAUGGGGGGGGUCACAGCAGCCAUUCCCCCUCUCCCUGUGUCUGCGUAUCCCCGUAUCCCCGUAUCCCCGUAUCCCGUAUCCCCGUAUCCCGUAUCCCCGUAUCCCUGUAUCCCCGUAUCCCCGUAUCCCCCUAUCCCCAUAUCCCUGUAUCCUGUAUCCCCGUAUCCCUGUAUCCCGUAUCCCCGUAUCCCUGUAUCCCCAUNUCCCUGUAUCCCCGUGUCCCUGUAUCCCCGUGUCCCUGUAUCCCCGUAUCCCCGUAUCCCUGUAUCCCCAUAUCCCUGUAUCCCGUGUCCCUCCCGCCCAGGAGGACGUUAUGUCCGGCUAUGUCCGGCUGCUGCGGCGGCAGGUGGAGCAGGCGUUCCGGAGCAGCCGCAUGGUGGCCGUGUGCCAGUACAACUCCAUGCCGGACGAGGACGUGGUCACCAUGCGCCACUACCUGCGCAAGCACAACAUCGAGGUCAAGUUCGUGCUCAACGAGAUUGUCCGGCCGGUGCUGGAGCAGUCCAAGUACAGGAACCUCCUCCCGCUCUUCGUGUGCCGCAACAUCCUGCUGGUGAGCCCGGAGACCCGGGCCCGGGAGAUGCUGCGGGUGCUGAAGGGAAUCCCACAGGUCAACCUCCUGGGCGCCUGCAUCGACGACACGAUCCUGAGCCGGCGGGGAGUGGAGAACUUCGCCCAGCUGCCCUCCCUGGAGGCCUCCCAGGGGCAGAUGGUGGGAGCCCUGGCCCUCCUGCCCUCCCAGACCUCAUCCCUGCUCCAGCGCGGGCCCUCCCUCCUCACAGCGCUCCUGGAUGAGCACAUCCGCCGGCUCCGGGACACGGGGGCGCCUGGGAAGCCCCCCCAGGAGCAGGGAAAGGGGAAUCAUUGAUGCUGGGCCCUGGGAUCGGCUCCUUCCCCACUGUGGGAGCCCCCCCAGGGCACAGGGAAUGGCUGGCAUUGGGAACUGGCUGCUUCCUUGGAUGUGGGACAUGGUGGGAACCUGGGGAGCACCCCCCGGCCUGGAAUGUGGGAGUUCAGACUGUGGGAAUUGGCUCCUUCCCCAGCUGGGGGGCAUGGGGGAUCCCAGGGAGACCCCCCCAGACUGGGACACAGGGAAUCACUGACGCUGGACCCCGGGAAUCGGCUCCUCCAGCUGCAGGACACAGGGAAUCACUGACUCCAGGCCCUGGGAAUCUGCUCCUCCAGCUGCAGGACACAGGGAAUC